AUGGACCGAACAACCGAAAUUAUGCCCAACUUUCGACGUAUGUAUAGGACGGAAAUUACUGGUAGUAGGACCAGGCAUGUUCUGACCUUUAACCCAAACUCUGCAAAACCGGGGGAGGAAAUUUAUGUUAAUAUCCCAAAACUAAAGGGAGAUUCAGUUCUCGUACCUGACAGUAUGGCCCUGGUCUUCGACUUUAAAAACAGCAAUACAAAGUCCUGGUUCAGAAACAACCUAGGGAAACUGCUCCAAAAAAGGCUGGAAAUCCGACUCGCAGGAGAAAAGGUCUACGACAACAGUGGAGAAAGCCUACUGGAAGUCUACAGAGACCUAUGGUUACACAGGAAACAGCGCGACGACAUGGUGGAGGAUGGUAUUGCCACCGAAGCUACAAGAAAGAAGAUCUGCAAAGACGAUGCCGCAAACGACGAUGCUGACGCCACAGCAUUGUUCGGAGUGUUCGGAAAAAAACAAAGGAUCCGGAUCAACAAAUCCUUAAAGACCACGGACUUUACGCCCCACAUAACAUGGCAAACGACUUACAAUAUGUGA